UCCCUUUCUCAUUCCCAUCCCAAUUUCCUGCGUAUUAUAGACUUUCGCCUUCGCUUUUUCUCCCUGCCUCUCAUCUCCGCAGCUCAUACCAUCCCAUCUCAUCAUUUGAUCUCAAAGACGAGAGAAAGAGGGAAAGAAUUUGAACAAGGAAAAGAAAAUCAAGAGGGAAAGAAAUGGAAGCUGCGACUGCGAGAGGCCACCCGACGACUAUGGCGACGACCACGCCGUCGCCGGCGGCCGCGCAAAGGUCGCCGUGGCAUUCUCCGGUGCCGUACCUCUUCGGGGGCCUGGCGGCGAUGCUGGGUCUCAUCGCUUUCGCGCUUCUCAUCCUUGCAUGUUCCUACUGGAAGCUCUCGGGUUACUUGGAAGGCAACGGCGAGGGAGGAGACAGAGACAUUGAGGCCGGCGAGGCCAAGAACGACGAGGAUGACGAGACGAAGAAGAAGAAAGAGGCGGCUUUUGAAGAGAAGAUACUGGUGAUAAUGGCGGGUCAGGUGAAGCCGACCUUCUUGGCCACGCCCGUGGCUAGUAGUGCCAGCACGAGCAGGUCGUCGUCUUUCGGCGACAACUCCAACACGACCACCAGCAGUUGCAGCUGCAACGACUGUGACAAUAACAAGAGUGAGAGAUUGGAGGCUGAGGCUGAGAUGGUGAAGCAGGGGACGCAAGAAACCCCACAUCACACCACUUAAACUAUUGAUCUCUCUCUCUCUCUCUCUCUCUCUCUCUCUCUCUCUGUGAGAGAGAUGAUUUGAGAAAGGCGUAUCUUGUUUUACUUUUUCGCUUUUUUGGGUUUCAACCCAUUUUCUUGUGGGUUCUUUCUUGAUCCUCGGCCUUGUUUCGGUUUCUCUUUUCAAAUUCGGGAAAUGUAAAUACUCACAAGAGAUUUGAAGAAUGAAAGAACUCACUAUUAGUCGUUC